CUCCUGAAUUAAGUGUGGCUGGAAUAAAGAUGUAGUGUGAGCAGGAGGCUGAACAAGGACGGUGCUGUGCUCAACUGUGGUGGAGAGGAGUGGAGCAGACGCCUGGCAGACACACACUCGCACACACUGGCUCAGAGAGAAAGAGAGAGAGCCCACCGUCACAUCUGCGGGGCUGGGAAGAUGCCCUCUCGCUUUGGCACUGCGGUGCGGAUCUUCAUCACCACCCUAUUUGCGGCAGUGGUGCUUUUUGCCAUCCUACUGGCUUAUGUGACAGGUUACCAGUUCAUCCACACCGAGCAGCACCACCUGUCUUUUGGCUUGUACGGAGCCUUUCUAUCCCUUCACCUCCUCCUGCAGAGCCUCUUUGCCUUCCUAGAGCACCGACAAAUGCGUGGCCCUUCCAGACCCCAGCACCUGCGGCGCACUGUGGCCCUCUGCAUCGCAGCCUAUCAGGAGGAUCCGGACUACCUUCGCAAGUGUCUUCGGAGCAUUCGCCACAUUUCUUUUCCCGGGCUUAAAGUAGUGCUGGUGGUGGAUGGGAAUCGGCAGGAGGAUGGUUACAUGAUGGACAUCUUCCAGGAGGUGAUGGGGGGAGUGGAGCAGACAGGCUGUGUGGUGUGGAAGGGGAAUUACCAUAGGGACGGGGAUGGGGGAGGAGGGAAAGGUUCGUUGCAUGCUGAGGAGGCUGCACGGGUGGCCAGGUUGGUGCGGAGCUGUCGUUACUCCUGCAUCAUGCAAGAGUGGGGCGGCAAGAGGGAGGUCAUGUAUACAGCCUUCAAAGCACUGGGAGAUACUGUGGAUUACAUACAGGUAUGUGAUUCCGACACUGUACUGGAUCCAGCAUGCACCAUUGAGAUGCUGAAGGUUCUAGAGGAGGAUCCGGAAGUGGGUGGUGUUGGAGGAGAUGUUCAGAUUCUGAACAAGUACGACUCCUGGAUCUCCUUCCUGAGCAGUGUCCGUUACUGGAUGGCCUUCAACGUGGAGCGGGCAUGCCAGUCUUACUUUGGAUGUGUGCAGUGUAUCAGUGGACCUCUGGGAAUGUACCGCAACUCUCUUCUUCAGCAGUUCCUGGAGCCCUGGUAUCAUCAGACCUUCCUAGGAAGCAAGUGCAGCUUCGGGGAUGAUCGCCACCUCACCAACCGCGUCCUCAGCUUUGGCUACAAAACCAAGUUCACGGCACGCUCACAAUGCCAAACCGAGACCCCCACGCAAUAUCUGCGCUGGCUCAACCAGCAGACCCGCUGGAGCAAGUCUUACUUUCGAGAGUGGCUCUACAACGCCCUUUGGUUCCACAAGCACAGCCUCUGGAUGACCUAUGAAUCUGUGGUCACCGGGUUCUUCCCUUUCUUUCUGGUGGCUACAGUCAUCCACCUGUUCUACCGAGGCCGGUUAUGGAACAUCUUGCUCUUCUUGCUAACAGUCCAACUGGUGGGCAUGGUGAAAGCCACCUAUGCCUGCUUCCUGCGGGGCAGGCUUGUCAUGAUCUUCAUGUCACUGUAUUCACUACUCUACAUGUCAAGCCUGCUGCCUGCUAAGAUCUUUGCCCUGUUGACUAUUAACAAAGCAGGUUGGGGAACAUCAGGCAGGAAAAAGAUAGUGGUAAACCUUAUUGGGGCUGUGCCUGUGACCGUGUGGGCAGCCAUACUGCUCGGUGGCGUGGUUUACACCAUUUACUGUGAGGUGCAAGAGCCAUUUAGUGAGACAGAAAAGGCUCUUCUCAUUGCAGGCACCAUCCUCUAUGCCUGUUACUGGCUCAUACUCCUGGUGCUCUACCUGGCCAUAGUGGCUAAGCGCUGUAACAAAAGAGAGGAACAGUAUCACCUAUCCUAUGCCGAAGCCUAGCAUGGUCUCUCCAAAAGAUCUCUACAUGCUGUCAGGGCUCAUUUGAAAUGGCCCCGUCUUUACCUGGUGCUGCAAUCUUGGUUAUAAUUAUGGAUCAUGUGCAAGUCCAAGCUGUCGGAUGUUGUUAGCGAUGGCUACUUGAGAGGUUUCAAACAGUGGAGUUUUUGAGAGAGCCAUAAUUUACAAAAGCUGACAUCAGGAAUGGUGCUUCUCCUGAUUAUAAAGCACACAAUAAGGAGGCGGCCAGCCAAGGUGAGAACAAAAAGUUGAGCCAAAGGUUAGUGUAAGAGUGAUAAGUUAAUGUAGUUCAUCUGGCACACUCAUAUUAAGUUAAGGGGCUAUAUUGGUGCUUGGAUUUAUAAUUAGACAGAAUGUGAACUUUCAAGGAUAGAGAGAUGUGUGCCAACACUUGAGGAAACCGGCAUAAGACAUUGAGUUUGCCAAACCCAGUCAGUAUUUUAACGUCUUUUAUCUGACAAUCCAGCAUAAUUCUAUAUUUCAUCAUUAGAAUUGUGGUGCUGCAGAUCCUUUUGUGGGGUAGCAUGAUAGAACAUUCAAGAAAGUACAAACAGCAUUUAAAUGAGAAUUUUAUGGUACUCCACAAAUAUUUACUACACUGUACAUGUUUACAGUUCAAGAUGUAUAUAGUAACAUCCAGUUCCAGUAAAUGGAUAGUGUCAGGCAACCAAAGAGGAUUUUCUCUAGCAUCUAGAAUGUUUUGUUCCUGUGUUAGUUUAAAAAAAAAAAUGGAGGAAAGAUUGGUCUCCUAUUUUUAUUCCCAUUCUCCUUUUUUACCUAUAAGACAAACUUGCUAGAAGUAUAAGAUCAAUUCGUUUUUUUAUUAUUUUCAUUAUAGGUGGUAGAACCAGAGACAUAACAAACAUGGUCAGUAAUACUUAAACUAUUACAAUUUUUCCCCUAGUUCUGAGAACUUCAAAGCAUAAACAGUGUUACAUUAUAUUUAAAAAAAAAACUGUCCAGUUAUACUGCCUGAAACUUUACACAUUACAUUUGUUUACAGACUUUGAAUAGCAUUUCUAAUAGUCAUUUUCUAUAGAGGCUUAUAAUCUAAUAACAUUUCAUUCAUGCUUCACUACCUGGUGAGAUUAUUUUUAACCUAAGAGGCAUGAUGUGGACCUGUGAUGUCAUGAUUGUAACAGCUUUUUCUCACCCCCAAACUGAUUAUUUAUAUAAAGUAUGUUAGCUAAUUCUGCAUGUUAGCCUGAUGUUACAGAAUCUGACCACCUUUGCAAAUUCUUACGACCUUUUCCUAUAACAUAAACUAUUUAGCAUAUAUACUAUUUUAUAGUAUAUAUAUAAC